GCCGCACCUUGAAAUUAGAUGGGCCGGCCCAGACGAAAGGUACCCAACCCAAUUACCCAAGCCUUAUUCCAUCGCACAACACCCUAAAAUAACGCCGACACACUCAUCUCUGAUCUCCCCCAUCUCCCUCUAAUCACAGAACGCAGCAGAGUAACGGCCUCUCAGGCAGCGGCACUCCAUCAAGCAACCACCCACAACGGCGAACACCUUCCAAGCUCAACGGCUGCCGUCACAGAUUCAAAAAGACCCUAGAGAGAAAAAACAACCAUCCUCAUCUUCAGUGCUCGGAAUAUCAUGGCAAGACUCAAGCAAAUAGCUACCAAGAAACAAGGUUCCGGAGCAUCCCCUUCCACGAAGCGAGUGCCGCCGACGAAGGGUAAGCCGAUGAAAAAUUCCAAAUCUGGUUCCGCUCCUAGUGAAGCUUCAGCACGGAAGCCUCGUCGCUUUAAGCCCGGAACUGUUGCUCUCCGGGAGAUCCGGAAGGCCCAGAAAUCAUGCAAUCUUCUUAUUCCUGCAGCCCCUUUUGUCAGGCUUACUAGGAAGUUAAGCAUCUUCUUUUCACCGGAUAUGAAACGCUGGCAAGCAGAUGCUCUUAAUGCACUGCAGGAGGCGGCUGAGUUGUAUUUGGUGGAACUCUUGGGAGAAGCGCAGCUAUGUGCUAUUCACGCCAAACGUGUCACGUUGUUGAAGAGAGAUUUUCAACUUGCAAGGCGCAUGACCGGGAAAGGUCGACCCAUGUGAUUGUGAAUCUACCGGUCUACUUUUUUGUAUAGAGUUUUUGUUGGCGGCAGACUUUUAGACUAGGGUAGUGAUAUGCGAAGUUGGAACAUGAAAGUAUGGAACUGUGUCAUUCAUACAUUCAUGCAAUAUUGAACUUUUAGACUACCUGAAAUGUUGCGCGAAAAUGUUAUAUUGACGUGGAUUUUGUAAGCAAAUGUUUGAUACUCGAAAUUAAUUACUCGAAAUUAAUUACCGUUAAAGUAUUGUACGGUAAUACGUUCUUAUCUAACCAUUGCAUCCUGUA